AUGGCACACGGCCCCCCUCCUGGUAUCCAUGACCCAGCCGGCCUAGCGAUCGCGCUUUCGGCAAUGGGGCUCGGCGAUCGCAGGUAUAUCGAGAACCAAGCUAAUCAACAUUCCUAUGUCUACGGAAACUUCGACAAGCCCCUCGAAUUCAGCCAUGAUUGGCCAGCAGCGUCUGUAGUAAGCCAGGGAGAGCGUGGCGGCUGGGCGAGGGCCAUCCGUCGCAGACAUACGGCCGCCAUCCCGAGGCCGGCGUCAUACGAUGCCAGACGCUCUCCUCUGGCCGCACCGUCAACGCCAUCGUCCACCAGCGAUCGCGCUUCUUCGAGAACCACAGAAUACUUUACCGCCUCCUCCUCGACAGCCUCGCGGAGUUCCUCAGCCCCCAGUUCAGCUAGCGCAACUCCCAACGAGCUUAGGAGAUACAUUCGCCAACGAACACCGGUUGAGUUCGAUUGGAUGCUCCGUCAUGAGCCUGCUGCCAUGAUUGCCUGCAUGGUCCGUGCAGAGCUUCAUUCCUGGCAUGGUCGUUGGUUUGUGGUGCGAGCCGGAUGCCCACCCGGCGUCACUAAUAGCAUUGCCAAACUUCACGAGAUGGCGGGAGGUGUCUUCGUUGAUGGUCUCGCCGAAGUCUACUAUGCGGGCGAGCAGCUCACUGCGUACGACAUGUUUUGCGUGGAUGCAAUCCAGGAUAAGCUCAAAGGUCUCUCGAGGGGUCCCGGCGAUAAUGUACCCUUGGAGCACAAGUAUGCAGCCGUGGAGAAGGCCCGCGAAUUUGCUCGCCGGUGGCCGUGGCUCCCUCGCUAUGUAGCUCACUGCGAGAGUACGAAGAUAUGGCUUUCGCCCCCCGUGAACGCAGGGGACAUCAUCAUUGAGGCAAUAGCUGACGACGGUUGGGAAGAGCGGAUCGCGACACAUCCUCUCAGACAGCGGAUUCCUGGCCGCGACGAUGUCCAUCAAAGUCCUGGCGAGCACCGUUGCCCUGCACCACCACCGUCCUCCAUUUCAACCGGGACCCGCCUCGGUUUUGACGGCUCUCCUACAUUCUCAAACAGGAAGCACUACGUCGUCUUCGUCGGGAGAACGGUCGGUGUAUUCGCUACCGAGUGA